UAUGCUAACUUAUUGUGCUAACUGUAAUGGUCAUAACUUUCUAUUGCACACUAUACAUCUUAUGGUUGAGAGAAGAUUCAAGUUGCUAAUAACCUCUUGUGACAUAUGAGUAACUUGAAAGGUCUUUGGAGGGCAGAAGAGGAUAUAAAUUUGGCAUAUCAUGUCCCCCUGUUGACACAAUUGGAUCUUUUGAUAUGUGAGUCUGAUGUCAAAGCCAUUGGAAAUGAAAAAAGGAACAAAAUGCACACUGGUAAAUUAACAACUGUCCUAUUCUGUUUAUUUCUCCCACAGGUUCUGAAUGGAGCAACAAUUUUACAACAACACAUUCAGUUUCAACCUUCAAAUUGCCAGAUUUGAUGUGCCUCCUCAUGCUAUUUAUCCUGUUUUUAUCAUUGGAGCUCUGGUCUAUUUGUUUGCAGUGUUCUGUAAUGUAACAAUUCUAGCAUUGAUUGUUACCCAGCAAAGCCUUCAUAAACCCAUGUUUUAUAUUUUGUUCAGUCUUCCUUUUGCAGACUUAUUGGCAAUUACAUGUGCUCUGCCCAGAGUGCUUCUGGAUAUUGUAACCCAAACAAAUAUGGUCUAUUACCCAACAUGUGUCCUGCAGGGUUUUUUGCUUCAUUUGUAUGGAGGUAGUGUACUUUUUAUUCUGGCAGCCAUGUCAUUUGAUCGCUACAUAGCAAUAUGCAAGCCACUUAGAUAUAACUCUAUAAUGGGUCCAUACACAGUUGGUGUUGUGAUAGCACUGGCUUGGAGCCUUGACAUUGCCUUGAUUGUUGUGUUGUUUGGUCUUCAGGCAAGACUUCCAAAAUGUAAGACAAUCAUUUUUAAUGUGUAUUGUAGCAAUAGUGCACUGUUACAGCUUUCAUGUGCUGGUGACCUUACUGUGAACAAUGUUUAUGGAUUAGCUAUAACUGGAGUUAUGCAGGGCAUUAGUGUGACUAUUCAAUUAUUUUCCUAUGUACAAAUUCUUAAAGCCUGUCUUUCCCACACACAGACCAAUGCUAGAAGUAAGGCUGUCAAUACAUGUUCAGCACAGAUAAUUACUUUUCUUCUAUAUGAAAUAGUUUCUACCUUUACCAUACUUUCAUAUCGUUUUCAGAAUAUACCAACCAGUGCACAACAAAUAUGCGGUUUGAUGAUUUUCACAAUUCUUCCAGUUUUUAAUCCAGUUAUAUAUGGAAUGAAAACAAGAGACAUUAGGAAUUCAUUCAUCAUAGUGCUGAAAAAACAAAAGGUGGCAUUUACAUAAUUUUUUAACAAAGUUUUAUGUUAAUAAGCAUUACAUUCAACCCAAUUCUGUGUACUAACAAUUUGCAAUCUGCUAUGACCUUUCCUUCAAAUGUUCAAACAAAAUUCAAACAAAAAUGCAUAAAAGAACAAUUAUAUCUCUUCCUACAUAGUGUAAAUUCUGAUGUCCAUAUUUGGUCUAAAUGAUUUUAUUUAUUUAUUCUGUGUUUGUGAAAAUGAAUACCAUCACAUAUAACACAGAUUUGUGUAUGUGUGUUCUUCAUAAACAAGGUAUAAAAAUGAAGCAAAUGUAUCUUUGUUCAUAAAGUUAAAUUUUAAACUGGUUUUAUGACAUGCUUUACAUGGAAGUGGAGGUAUACAUAUUCACAUAUUCAUUGGCUUUCGACAUCUGCUUUGCAUACACCUUAAGCUGACAUUUGUAUAUUUAUCUAUAUAUUAAAAAAUUUUUAAAGGUAAACAUACUGUCUUCUUGUAAUGGUGUAGGGAAUGUUUCUUUGGCAUACAUUUAAUACCCCUUAAAAAUAAUAGAGCAUAAUUUGAAUGUCACAAAGCACAUGUCAUAUCACACUGGAUCAAUGAACAUGAUAAUUAGUUCAGUGUACUUCAAUGGCCUCGCCAGUCACCAGUUUUGAAUUCAAAAGAGUACCUUCAGGAUCUGCCGGAAUGGAAGAAUAACAACAUGAACAAAUCUGCAGAAAUUAUGCAAUGCAAUUACAUCAACAUGGGCCAAAAUUCCAAUGUAAUGUCUUCAACACCUUAAGGAAUCUAUGCCACAAAGAGUUGAGACUAUUCUGUGAGUAAAGGGCAGUCCAUUCUACCCUGUAUUUGUGUAAUAAAAGUGGUUGGUGAGUGUAUAACCCCAAUUAAGUCCAUGUCAUUUCUAGGGUGUAACACUGUAAAUGUAGAAAAGUUUUGCAAGACACUGUAUUUCUAUCAGAGAUGUCUUCAGAAAGAUAUUAUAGAAAUAGUGUAACCAUAAAAUAUUAACCCCAAAAUGUGUACUCAUAUCUGAUAAUAUUUCAUCCUCAAUGUUGUAGAUAUAUGGAACUGGUAUAGUACACAAGGUGACACGGAGGCCUGAAAGUGAUCUAUAUGACCUUACAUAGGCAUUGGUAUCCUGGGCCUGAGAGUGAUCUAUGUGACUGUACCUAGGCAGUGGUAUCCUGCUAAGUGAGGAGAGCAGGAGCAAGCUGUAAAUUUAAGUGAGUAAGGCUAAACAAUAACAUAUAUGGGGAUGUUGGGUCUUGUGAAAAACAGGAUGUGGAAGUUUUGUUUUUUUUUUCAUGUAAAUGUAUAUAAGAAUGCCUCUCUGAUGAGUUGGGUAGCUUUUCUCUGCAGAGAACUUCUCAGCUGAAUUCAUGAAAGAAUAAAGUCUAUGGCCUCAAUAUCCCUGCUCUCUGGAGUGAUCUUUGAUCUUCAUUACUUGCAACGACAAUAUCAAAACUAUAAAAGUAAGGCUCAUCUCUUAAUAAAAGCAGUCAACAUGAUUCCCUUUCCUAAGUACAGUAUAUUCAGGGCUGAACCAAAAUGGCAAAAUGGGGUAGAAAACUUAUUAGUAAUUACUUAGGUUUUAAUUCCAGUAAUGAUUAUGUAUUAUUACUUUGAAUAUUUUCACAGUAAUAUUGCUGCUGGCUCAUUCAAGUUUAAUACUUUUGUAACAUCUAUCAUGGACAAUUCUCCACCAAGCUGACCAAGGUUUCCCUGCCUCCCCUGAGUUUUAAAUCUUUUCUUUGGUUAUCCUGCUCAUUUCCUCAUUAUAUAUAUAUGUGUGUG